AAGACCCACGGCCAGAGGCCAGACAGUCUCAGUUCAAACGCGACCAGUCGCGUUUCGUGCAGCUUUUUAUUCGGUUCGGGUUUUUUUUCCUUCGGGGUUUUAUUCCGGCCUUGCACUGCUCGCAGGAACCAUCCGAUUUGGGAGCGUUUGCUUGGGGAAUUUGCGGCGAUGGGGACGGCCGACUGAGGCGAUCUGAGGGCAUCUGAGCCCGAAGGGCGGCCUACGAUGGGCCGACUGUUCGGGAAAACCAACCGCUACUACCCGAAUGAGGUGUUUGAGCGCGAAGUGCCGCCCCCGGUGCCGCCCGCUGCCGCUGUGUGGUUCGGCACCAGGCACUUUGUGACGUUCAUGCUGUUCCUGGGGAUGGCGAACGCCUACGUGAUGCGCACCAACAUGUCGGUGGCCAUCGUUGCCAUGGUGAACCAUUCGGCGAUCGGCGCCGACUCGGACACAACCGCAAAGGGCGUCGACGUGGAAUGCGGCUUCACUGCGCAGAACGCGAGCGCGGCGGCGGCCAGUGACGGCGAGUUCGUCUGGGAGACCGACCUGCAGGGCUACAUUCUCUCCUCGUUUUUCUACGGCUACGUGAUCACGCAGAUCCCGUUCGGGAUUCUGGCCAAGAAAUAUGGCAACAUCUACUUCCUGGGCGUCGGCAUGCUGAUCAACUCGGUGUUCGGGCUGCUGGUGCCGGUGGCCGCCCACUUUGGCAUCUGGUGGCUGGUCAUUGUGCGAUUCAUCCAGGGACUGGGCGAGGGCCCCAUUGUGCCCUGCACGCACGCCCUGCUGGCGAAAUGGAUCCCCCCGAACGAGCGGAGCCGCAUGGGGGCCUUCAUCUACGCCGGGGCGCAGUUUGGCACGGUGAUUUCCAUGCCCCUGAGCGGGCUGCUGGCCGUUUCGAAGGCGGGCUGGCCCUCGAUCUUCUACGUUUUCGGCACGUUGGGGACGGUCUGGUGCGUGCUGUUCCUGCUGUGGGUGUACGAGGACCCGGAAGUGAACCCCAAGAUCCAUCCGGAGGAGCGGAUGUACAUCCAGAAGACCUUGGGGCGCGUGGCUGGACAGGCGACGCCGCCUAUUCCAUGGAAGUCGAUUGUGACGUCGCUGCCCUUCUGGGCCAUCCUUUUGGCCCACAUGGGCCACAACUACGGCUACGAGACCCUGAUGACCGAGCUGCCCACCUACAUGAAGCAAGUGCUCAACUUCAGCUUAAAAGACAACGGGCUGCUGUCGGCCCUGCCCUACCUGGCCAUGUGGCUCUUCUCGAUCUUCAUCAGCCACGUGGCCGACUGGCUGCUUACCAAGCCCUGCUUCACGCUUACCAUCGUGCGGAAGCUGAUCAACGCCAUUGGCCAGUACGGGCCGGCGGUGGCGCUGUUCGCGGCCGCUUUCACCGGCUGCGACCGAUGGCUGACGGUGGCGAUCCUCACCUGCGGCGUGGGGCUCAACGGCGGCAUCUAUUCCGGCUUUAAGGUGAACCAUCUGGACAUCAGCCCCCAAUUCGCCGGCAUCCUGAUGUCGUUCACCAACUGUCUGGCCAAUCUGGCGGGCCUCCUGGCCCCCAUCUAUGCCGGCUACAUGGUGAAGGGGACGCCGAGCAUCGCGAAGUGGCGCAAAGUGUUCAUUACCGCCGCCGCCGUUUACGCGGCCUGCUGCACCUUUUUCGUGCUGUUCAGCUCGGGCCAGCGGCAGCCGUGGGAUCAGCCCGCCGAGCCGGAGGAGCCCAAGGACCCGAAGGAGGCCAAGCGGCAGGUGGCGGUCACGCAGACCUAAACCCCCAUAAUGUGAUUCUUAAGGUAAGCGAGCUGGAUGGACGGCGUGUUUGCGUGCUACUUAAGGGCUGGUGAUAAUGCGGCAGGAAUACCUAGGCUAAGUUGUUGUUUUUAGCGCCCCCUGGGGGCCCUUAUUAAGUUAUUGCUAGCUGUAAGCUGAUUUAUUUUUAAAGAAAUUCCAUUGAGUUGAAAAUAA